GUGCGUGCGUGUUGAGGUUUUACCAAAACUCACACCAACACAUCCAUCCUAGGGCUCAUUCACAGGGAAGAAAGAUUCAUGGCCAUGGGAGCGAGAGGGAGAGGGAGAGAAGAGAUAGUAGCUUAGCCUAAUCUAAACCUGAUUGAUCGAUUGAUUGGUAGUGAGUGAUUAGCACGUAGAUAGAAAAGGCGUCGGGAUCAGUUGGAAGAGCGAUCUGCGGCCAUGUCGUUCCUGAGGAUGAAGUCGACGGAGUUCCUGAAGAGGUUCGAGGUGCCGGCGAAGAACCCGUCGGAGGAGGCGCAGCGGCGGUGGCGGGACGCCGUCGGCACGCUCGUCAAGAACCGCCGCCGCCGCUUCCGGAUGGUCCCCGACCUCGACAAGCGCUCGCAGGCCGAGACCCAGCGCCGCAAGAUCCAGGAGAAGCUUCGUGUUGCACUCUUCGUUCAGAAGGCUGCACUUCAGUUCAUCGAUGCCGUCCGCAAGACGGAGUACCCGCUGCCGGAGCUCGCCCGGCAGUGCGGCUUCUCCGUCAGCGCCGAGGAGCUGGCCUCCAUCGUGCGCGGCCACGACACCAAGAGCUUGAGGUUCCACAAUGGCGUCGACGGCAUCGCCCGGAAGGUGGCCGUCUCCCUCGCCGACGGCGUCAAGUCCGACGACGCCGGCCUCCGCGCCGAGGUCUAUGGCGCCAACCAGUACACCGAGAAGCCCCCAAGAACGUUCUGGAUGUUUCUUUGGGACGCCAGCCAGGACAUGACGCUGAUGCUGCUCGCCUUCUGCGCCGUCAUCUCCAUCGCCAUCGGCCUCGCCACCGAGGGAUGGCCGAGCGGCAUGUACGACGGCGUCGGCAUCAUGCUCACCAUCUUCCUCGUGGUCAUGAUCACCGCGGCGAGCGACUACAAGCAGUCGCUGCAGUUCCGGGACCUGGACAAGGAGAAGAAGAAGAUCGACGUGCAGGUCACCCGCGACGGCUACCGGCAGAAGGUGUCCAUCUACGACAUUGUCGUCGGCGACAUCGUGCAUCUGUCCAUCGGCGACCAGGUUCCGGCUGACGGCUUGUUCAUCGACGGCUACUCGUUUGUCGUCGACGAGUCGAGCCUGUCCGGCGAGAGCGAGCCGGUGCACGUGUCGGCGGCGAACCGGUUCUUGCUGGGAGGGACCAAGGUGCAGGACGGCUCGGCGAGGAUGCUGGUGACGGCGGUCGGGAUGAGGACGGAGUGGGGGAACCUGAUGGAGACGCUGAGCCAGGGCGGCGAGGACGAGACGCCGCUGCAGGUGAAGCUCAACGGCGUGGCCACCAUCAUCGGCAAGAUCGGGCUGGCGUUCGCGGUGCUCACGUUCACCGUGCUCAUGGCGAGGUUCCUGGUCGGCAAGGCGAACGCGCCCGGCGGGCUGCUGCGGUGGAGGAUGGUGGACGCGCUCUCGGUGCUCAACUUCUUCGCCGUCGCGGUCACCAUCAUCGUCGUGGCCGUGCCGGAGGGGCUCCCGCUCGCCGUCACGCUCAGCCUCGCGUUCGCCAUGAAGAAGCUCAUGCAGGAGCGCGCGCUCGUGCGGCACCUCUCGGCGUGCGAGACGAUGGGGUCGGCGAGCUGCAUCUGCACCGACAAGACCGGCACGCUCACCACGAACCACAUGGUCGUCGAGAAGGUCUGGGCGUCCGGCGCGGCGAAAACGGUGAGCAACGCCAAGGUCUUCGACCAGCUCACCUCCUCGUUGUCAGAGACCUUCUCCAAGGUGCUCCUCGAGGGCGUCUUCCAUUGCUCCGGCUCCGAGGUCGUCCGUGCAAAGGACGGCAAGCACACCGUCAUGGGCACGCCCACCGAGACGGCCAUCCUCGAGUUCGGGCUCGAGGUGGAGAAACGCGCCAACAUCGAGCACGCCGGCGCCGCGAAGCUCAAGGUGGAGCCGUUCAACUCGGUGAAGAAGACGAUGGCCGUGGUGAUCGCGUCCCCGAACGCCGGCGGCAGCCCCCGCGCGUUCCUCAAGGGCGCGUCCGAGGUCGUCCUGCGCCGGUGCAGCCUCGUCCUCGACGGCAGCGGCAACGUCGAGAAGCUCACGGAAGCGAAGGCGAAGCAGGUGUCGAGCGCCAUCGACGCGUUCGCGUGCGAGGCGCUGCGCACGCUCUGCCUCGCGUACCAGGACGUCGACGGCGGCGGCGACAUCCCCAGCGACGGGUACACGCUCAUCGCCGUGUUCGGCAUCAAGGACCCGCUCCGCCCCGGCGUGAGGGAAGCCGUGGCGACCUGUCACGCCGCCGGCAUCAAUGUCCGGAUGGUCACCGGGGACAACAUCAACACGGCGAAGGCGAUCGCGAGGGAGUGCGGCAUCCUGACCGACGAAGGCAUCGCCAUCGAGGGGCCCGAGUUCCGGCAGAAGGAUCCCGACGAGAUGAGAGAGAUCAUACCAAAAAUCCAGGUGAUGGCGCGGUCGCUGCCGCUGGACAAGCACACGCUGGUGACCAACCUGAGGGGAAUGUUCGACGAGGUGGUGGCGGUGACCGGCGACGGCACCAACGACGCGCCGGCGCUGCACGAGGCGGACAUCGGCCUCGCCAUGGGCAUUGCUGGAACAGAGGUUGCCAAGGAGAACGCCGACGUGAUCAUCAUGGACGACAACUUCUCGACCAUCAUCAACGUGGCCAAAUGGGGUCGCUCGGUCUACAUCAACAUCCAGAAGUUCGUGCAGUUCCAGCUCACUGUCAAUGUGGUCGCCCUCAUGGUGAACUUCAUCUCUGCAUCAUUCACAGGGAGUGCGCCGCUGACGAUCGUGCAGCUGCUGUGGGUGAACCUGAUCAUGGACACCCUGGGGGCGCUGGCGCUGGCGACGGAGCCGCCCAACGACGCGAUGAUGAAGCGGCCGCCGGUCGGCCGCGGCGACAGCUUCAUCACCAAGGUGAUGUGGAGGAACAUCGCCGGGCAGAGCAUCUACCAGCUGGUCGUGCUCGGCGUCCUCCUCCUCAGAGGGAAGAGCCUCCUCCAGAUCGAUGGCCCGCGAGCUGACGCCCUGCUCAACACCUUCGUCUUCAACACCUUUGUCUUCUGCCAGGUUUUCAACGAGGUGAACAGCAGGGAGAUGGAGAAGAUCAACGUCUUCAGCGGCAUCUUCAGCAGCUGGAUCUUCUCGGCGGUGGUCGGCGUGACGGCGGCGUUCCAGGUGAUCAUGGUUGAGCUGCUGGGGACGUUCGCCAACACGGUGCACCUCAGCGGGAGGCUGUGGCUCGCCAGCGUGCUCAUCGGGUCGGCGGGCCUGGUGGUCGGCGCCAUCCUCAAGUGCAUCCCGGUCGACUCCGGCAGCGACUCGUCCGAUCGCCGCGACGGAUACCAGCCGAUCCCCGCCGGCCCCAACGCGGUUUGAUUUUGAUUUUUGCACGCGUUUUCGUCGUCGGUUUCUUCAUAAACGGAAGUUUCUAAGGAGAAACUUUUGUAGCUUAACUCGUUUUCUUCUGAAUUUAAGACGUUUUGAGUUUUCACGCAAACUUUUGUAGUUUUAACUGUUGGGUUGCUCUCGAGUGUGAAGAGUGUAGCUAUGGUCAUUUUUUCCCCCUCCAUUGUUUUGAUACGAUGGAUAUAAUUUAGUUAAUUAGUUAGGCAAAAUUGAACCAUAACAAGGGUCUGUACUUGCCAAUUCUCUCUCAAUUAUCCAUCCUGUUCUGUGCACUCAGGUCGUUCAUUA